GGAAGUUUAAAGUGGAAUAGUCUCGCUGGUGGAAUAGUGAAAUUGUAUUGUACACAUUGAAGUCCCUGCAGGGACAGAGUGAUUGCUCGAUAUGGAUGUGGCACUAAGUGUCCUUGCCGCCUCCUUACUCGUCACAGCAGUCGGCUCAUAUAAUAUAGAACCUACGCGAUCUUGGGUGCCAGACAAUCCCAACACGGGCCCAAAGCUCUCCAAUGAACUCUGGUUUAGCCAGGUCAAGAAGCCGUUCACAAACUGCCCCUCGUACAAAUUCCCCAUCAACACCAAUGUAAACUGCGUGGAUACGCCGGAGGGCGGCGAGUGCUUGGUCAGCUGCAUCGGCACGAAUCACUUCUACGGAGAGCGCCAGGAUGUAGGCAAACUGAUCCUCUCCUGCCGCCGCGGUGCAUGGGGCAUCAAGAAUGGAUCACCCACGGCGAAGACCAUUCAGCACUGCGAUGGCGCCUGCACCUGUCGUAACGGAGGCAUCUGUAACGGCGAAAAGUUCUGCCACUGCAGGAAGGGCUAUGGCGGGGAUAACUGUGAGAGGAACCAGGAAUUCGCCUGCCCGGAGCGUCCGCCGCAGCUUCCGAAGAACUCGAGGACGGUUUGCCGAGGCGACACCUGCGAGGUGGAGUGUAACCGAGGAUUCGCCUUCUCCGACGGCCGAGCGCGGGUUCUUCUCAAGUGCAAGGGUACCAAGUACGUGGACAUGGGCGGAGACUAUAGUAAACUGCCGGAGUGCGAGGCCACCUGCACUCCCAACUGUCUCAACGGAGGCAAGUGUAUUGCGGCCAAUGUCUGCGAGUGUCCUCCACGAUUCCGGGGAAAACAGUGUCAGCUCGAUGUGUCCAGAUGCAAUGUGCUCGAUUUCAACGGCAACUUUCAGUGUGAUCAUGGUUCGGAGAAAUCCGAGUGUCGCCUCAGUUGCCCAGCAGUUCCCGGAGUGAGUGUCCAGGGAACACUUGCCACACACUACGAGUGCGACUAUGAAAGUGGGAAAUUCGAACCAUCACCCUCCGCGGUGAAGUGCAUUUACCCUUCCAAUCGAAAUGUUUCCCAGCAUAUCAGCACCUCUGACACGCAGACUAAUGGAACGGUCACCAUUAUCGGUGGCAAGGAGCUGCCCUGGCCGGAUAAUCUCAUCGACAUUUGUAAUCGCUAUCAACAGUAUGACAAUAGCAGCAACUGGAAGCCGGAGGACCCCGAUGAAAACGAUAUCGAUGGAGCCAAUCGACUGGGUCGCAAGCCUGCCAAGGAUGUGAUUGUGGCACCAAAGCUAUCGGUCUGCAGCUCCUGGAAUGGCCGAAACAUCCGCACCUUUGAUGGAUUGCUUUACAGAUUAUCGCUUAACUGUGCCCACACCCUGGUCAAUGACAGGAUAUUCGGGGCAUUCCACGUGUCUGUGAGGAGCCACUCGCCCGAGUCGCCCCUAAUCCUGCAGAUCCAAUGGCAGUCCGUUCAGUAUACGCUCGAGAAUAUCAAUGGCAGCGUCUCUCUAUCCACGCCCGAGAAGCGUCUUUCGCUGCCUGCUCAGGUGCUCGGCAUGAAGAUAGUGCCAUAUGCCCAGCAGAUCGAGGUGGAUCUGGAGUCGGUGGGUCUCCAGCUGGUCUGGGAUCAUCAUCAGCUUCUCUCGGUCCGCGCCAGCGUGGCCCUGUGGCAGAAGGUGGGCGGUCUGUGUGGUCACCUCGAUGGGAAUAGUGACAACGACUUGAUGAGCCGCUCGGGGACUGUGUCCCAGACGUGUAAACUCUUCACCGACAGCUGGCGAAGCGGCGAUCAGGCCUGUGUGCCCGAUACGGACCAGCCUCUGGCCCAGUGCUAUGGCGAGCGUCAUAGAGAGGCCGUUGAGCAAUGCCGCAAGCUGCUGCACAAUGUCCAGUUGAAAUCCUGCUUAGAGCACUUAAACCAGGAGACCCUUGUUCGCACCUGCAUCCAGGAUCACUGCGGCUGCCCAGGAGGAAAGGGUCAGUCGUGCACCUGUAACUUCCUGCAAUCUCUGGUGGAGGAGUGUCGUGCCAAGGGCUCCGGGCCCACCGUCAAGGACUGGCGUAAUCUCCAGCUGUGCCCGAUAAGUUGCUCAGGGGGACGCUUUUACCAGACGUGUGGCCCCCAGUCCCAGCCGAGCUGUGAGAGCGACGGCGUCAUGGAUCCGAACCAGUGCUUUGAGGGCUGCUUCUGUCCGAGUGGGACGCUCCAGUACAAGGAUACCUGCAUUAGUCACAAGAUGUGUCCUUGUGAGCUGCGUGGCCGUGAGUUCCAGCCAGGCGAAACGCACCAGAAGGAGUGCAACACAUGCACCUGCCAGGCCGGAAAAUGGGAGUGCUCGCAGGAAAAGUGCAGCAAGCGGUGCACGGCUUUCGGGGAUCCCCACUACCGAACCUUUGAUGGCAGAACCUAUGACUUCCAAGGCCGCUGUCUUUACUAUCUCCUUAAAACAUCCGCGCUCUCUGUGGAGGGGGAGAACGUAAAGUGUUCGGGAGAGGAUGACCCCCUGUACACCGGCGGUGGAGCAUCGUGCACUCGGUCGGUCACCAUUAGAUUCUCACUGAAGGAGGGUGGUCCAACGGUCAUAAAGCUGUCGCAGAAGCUUCAAACCAUUGUAAACGGCGAGGUGGUGGCCCAACUGCCUCUGGAACUGGGCAAUGGCGAAGUGGUGCUCCGACUGGCCAGCCACAACUUCAUCACGGUGACCUUUGGCGAUGGGUUGGUGGUCUGGUGGAAUGGUGACUCCACCGUGCACAUCGAUGCUCCCUACAGUUACUACGAUAACACGGCUGGACUUUGCGGUACCUUUAAUGACAACACCAAGGACGACUUCCUCACGCCAGAUGGAGAUUACGAGCACACGCCGGAUGCAUUUGGAAACAAGUGGCGCACCAAGGAGCUCUGUGCCGACCCGGGUCCCUCAGUCACCCUCACUCCCUGCUCCAACAAUCCCGCCCAGCGGGCAAAGGCCGAAGAACUCUGUUCCGUUCUUCGUUCGGAUACGUUUAAAUCUUGCCACUGGGCCGUGGAUCCCGCCAGCCACUACGAUAACUGCAUCGUGGAUGUGUGUAGCGCCAGGAAUACGAGUUCCGCCAACACGAACAAGGCUCUCUGUGAGCUUCUGUCCGACUAUGCCAAUCAGUGCGUCCGCAAUGGCAUCCGGACUAGCUGGCGCCAGACAAUCAAACAGUGCUCGAUCCAGUGCCCAGAGGGCCAGGAGUAUGACGAGUGCGGUGACUCUUGUGCCCUGAGCUGCUUCGACCUACAAAAUCGGGAUCAGUGCCGACGACAGUGCGUGGAGGGAUGUCGCUGUCCCAGGGGUCACUAUCUUAACGAGCAGCAGGAAUGUGUGCCCCAGAAGGCCUGCUCCUGCUACUACGACGGCCUGAGCUUCAAGCCUGGCUACAAGGAGGUGCGGCCAGGUGCCAAGUUCCCGCAGUUGUGCACUUGUGUGAAUGGUCUGUGGCAGUGUGGGGAUGCGGGUAAGGACGAUGGUAUCCUGUUCCCGCCACUGGGCCGACUCCGCAAGACGUGCGCCAGCAGACCCUACGCUAAAUUCGUGACCUGUGCCCCCAAGGAGCCGAAGACCUGCAAAAAUAUGCAUGAUCAUAGGCCGGACACCACGGCCUGCCAUCCGGGAUGUGUGUGCGACGACGACUAUGUCUACGACGUGACCCGUCAGCAGUGCGUGGCGCCGGAGAAGUGCUCCUGCUAUCACGCCGGACGCAGCUUUGAUGACGGCGACACCUUCCAGGAACUAUGCAACCAGUGCGUCUGCCAGGGCGGAUCCUGGAAGUGCACGCGAAAUGAGUGCGAGGCCACCUGUAGCGUCUGGGGUGACUCCCACUUCAGCACCUUUGACGGCCGUGACUUUGACUUUCUCGGUGAAUGCGAUUAUAUCCUGUCCAAGGGCGUCAAUGCCGAGGGCUCUAGCUUCUCUAUCGUAAUCCAGAACGUACUUUGUGGCUCAUCGGGGGUCACUUGUUCCAAGGCUUUGGAAGUUUCUCUGGGCAGCAAGGCUGGAACGGAGCAGCUUAAGCUGACCGCCGGAGGAGUCUAUGGAGCAGAUAAUACCAGCUCCGUCAUAACGCGUCUUCGCAAGCAGAUCAGCUCGCAUGCAUCUAGUUCCUUCCACGUCUACAAAGCUGGCGUCUUCGUGGUCGUGGAGGUGGUGGCUCUGCGUCUCCAGAUCAAGUGGGACGAGGGCACCCGGGUCUAUGUAAAGCUCGGCAACGAGUGGCACGGCCGCCUGGCCGGCCUUUGUGGCAACAAUAAUGGUAACAGCUUGGACGACUUCAAGUCCCCAUCUGGCGGCCAGGAGGCAGAGCCCACACUUUUCGGCCACUCAUGGCGCACCCACCCGCAAUGUGAGCUGCCGCAACAGCUCUUUGAUUCCUGCCAGCGGAAUGCCCAACGCCGGGCCUGGUCAGAGAACGAAUGCAGUAUACUCAAGUCACCCGUCUUUGCCGCGUGCCAUGUCCAGGUGCCGCUGGAACGUUACCUGAAGAGUUGCGUGUUCGACACCUGUGCCUGCGACCAAGGGGGCGACUGCCAGUGUCUCUGCACGGCGGUGGCCGCCUAUGCGGAUGCCUGUGCCCAGCGCGGGAUCAACAUCCGCUGGCGCACGCCCCACUUCUGCCCGAUGCAGUGCGACACCCAUUGCUCUGACUACAGCGCCUGUACUCCCGCCUGUCCUACGGAAACUUGCGACAAUCUUCUGGACCAGGGAGAUGCCGCCCGGCUGUGCCAUCACGAGAGCUGCGUGGAAGGCUGCCAGGUUAAGCCGUGUCCUAUAAACCACAUCUACCUAAACGACAGCUACACCACCUGCGUUCCCCGAACGGAGUGCCGGCCCGUGUGCCUGGUGCGAGACGACAUUACCUAUUACGAGGGCGAUGUGACCUACACGGACGACUGUGCCACCUGUCGCUGCUCCAAGAAGAAGGAGGUUUGCAGUGGCCAGCCCUGUCCGCCAACCACCACAACCCCCACCACCACGGAAUGGCCCAUUACAGGAACGACACCCAAGGAUCCUCAGGAUCGGACUGACAAGAGUUGCGUUCGCGGAUGGACACGAUGGUUGGAUCGCGGCUCUAGUGUGGGCGGUAUCAAUCUGAACAAUGUGGAACCACUGCCGCACUUCGAUCGCCUCGAUCUCAUCUAUGGAACCUGCGAUCCGAGUUACCAGAGGAACAUCGAGUGCCGGGUGAAGGAUACGAAGCAGUCUUACGACUUGGUGGAUGACAACGUAUCUUGCGAUCUCAAGCGGGGUUUGGUGUGCGUGGGCAAGUGCCAUGACUACGAGAUCAGAGUAUACUGCGACUGCGAUGAUGAUGGCUUCACCACAGCCAGGCCACCGCCACCGCCGAGUGCCAACGAGACGUGUGAUCCCUCGCUAGAUAUUUUCAAGGAGUAUCCCGGAGACUGCUUCAAGUAUCUGCGUUGUAUGCAUAUUCCAGGCAACAGUAACUGGCACUGGGUACCCGGCACCUGUGGCGUCCACCUGAUGUUCAACCCCUCCAUUGGUGCCUGCGACCAGAUCUCAAUAGUAACCCGAUUACGGCCGCAGUGCAGCAAGGAGGAUCGCUGCCGAGAUGACGAGGAAUGGAACGAUUGUGCCAACCAGUGCGAGCACACUUGCCACUUCUAUGGACAGCAGCUUAUCCGGCGAGGUCUCUGCAAUCCCGGCGAGCAUUGCAAGGGCGGCUGUGUGCCCAAGAAGCGUCCUGACUGCCGGGCCCUGGGCAGAUUCUGGCGCGACGAGCAUACCUGCGUGGAUCAGGACGACUGUCCGUGUCUGGACCAUCGCGAUGAUAAGUAUGUGCAGCCGCACAGGAUUAUCACAACGGACUUUGAGGACUGCCAGUGCGUCUUUAACCAGUUCGUGUGUGUGCCCAAGAAGACGACCACGGUGAAGCCUCCCAUUGGGGAUCACACAUCAACCACGCCCUUGCCCACUAUACCCACCACUCUGACUCCACCUGUUUUGUGUCCAACGAAAAGUAUGGUGCGUCUCUUUACGAGUGAGCAUACCGUGCCGGACACCGCCUUCUCAGGCUCCAGUAUCCUGGAUCAUAACUAUGCUGCUCACCUGUCCCGCUUGCACCGAAAGCCCAAGCUCAAUGCAGGAGCCUGGACGCCAAGGAUUAGCGAUCAGACGCAGUACCUCCAAGUAAACUUCGAGAAGCCACUGGCUCUGUAUGGCCUGCUCAUCGCCGGUGAUCCGCACCUUGACAACUAUGUGACCCUCUUAAAACUGGUCUACAGCCUGGACGGUGAGGGCUAUCACGAGCUCAUCGGACAGGAUGGCGAGCCUCAGGUGUUGGUGGGACCCAAGGACUCUCGUCUGGCACGAGCCCAUGUCUUCCAGCGACCGAUAGAGGCCAGGUCCGUGCGCUUGUAUCCCCUGAGGUGGCACACCGCAAUCGCCAUCCGAUUCGAUCUCCUGCUGUGUAACCAUGAGCCCACCACCACGCCGCCCGUGAUAGACAGGACCACUACACCGCUGCCUCCCACAAAACCUCCAAUUGAGGAUCUCAUUUGCAAGGACCCUCUUGGCGUGGACAGUGGAACACUGGGGUCACAUCAGGUGGCGGCUAGCAGCAUCUGGUUAUCGUCGCAUCUGGACAACGAAGAGGGACUCUUAGACCUAUUGCGUUUCCGCUCUAAGCUGGGCUGGCGGCCGUUGGCCAACAAGCAGGACGAGUUCAUAGACUUUGACUUCCUGGAGCCGCGCAAUGUAACUGGCAUUCAGACACGGGGCGGUGCUUACGGCUGGGUCAGCUCGUAUCGCGUGCUCUUCUCCUCCAACAAGCUGGUGUGGAACGAGCUGCCGGGUCAGGAGGGAGACGGCCAUAUCUUCGAGGGCAACCGGGAUGCCAAUGGCCUACACACAAACGGCUUCCUACGGCCACUAAUAACGAGGUAUCUUCGCCUAGUUCCGACCACGUGGGAUCAAAAUAUAAACUGGAGGAUCGAGCCUAUAGGAUGCUUUGAGCCCUAUCCCAACAUCACCACACCUCCCCAGAUUCGAGUUUGCCAUGUGUGCGAGGGCAUCGACUUGCCUGUCAGUCUACUUCCAAGCUGCCCCUGCAGCGACGGCCUUUUCUGGACAGGAUCCAAGUGCGUAGAGCGCAAUCUCUGUCCCUGUGUCGAUCUUUAUACCACCUACCCCAUUGGAUCCAAAUUUGAGAAUAGUGACUGCGAGGAAUGCGUCUGCCUGUUGGGAGGCGUGAUCAAUUGCAAGACCACAAACUGUCCCAAGUGCCCGCCGCAUAUGAGGAGCGUGAGGAAGGGUUGUCGCUGCGAAUGCCAGUUGUGUCCACCAACCACCCGACUCUGUCCCACCAGCGGGGAUUGUAUUCCCAGCGACUGGUGGUGCAAUGGCGUGCAGAACUGCGCCGAUGACGAGGACGAGACUUGCGAUCCCACGCGAACUACAGUGGCGCCUCCCACCACUACAAAACCUAACUUGUGUCCGCCUAUCCAGUGUCCUCCUGGAUAUACUGUCAAGAUCAGGGGAAAACUACCCUUGGCCUUGUCGCCAAUGCUUUUGAUCUCAGCAGAUCCCGCCAGCGAUGGUUCUGUGGAGCCCCUAAAAGAUUGGCUAGAGCCGCUAAAGUCCUCAGAUCAGCCAGAAAUUGCUUUCGGAGCCGUCAAGGUCCUGGGAAAGUUUGCCUUCAAGUUUGGUAAGAAAUUCUUCAAGGGAGUCGCCAAAUUAGCUGUCAAACUAGGCAGCAAGAUCAAAGAUGCUCUGAUCGACAAGUUCGGCGAUAAGGUGGCGGAUAAAAUCAUAGACCUGGCCACUCCGAAGAAGGAUAAGGCAGAAUCUUUGACCCUAGAUCGCCUCGAGUUAAACGAGCUGCCACUGAGGCCGGCUAAGCCACAGCUGGAGUUCACCUUCAUAAACCAGGAAGAAGUCGACGAAAUGUUGGAUCUUUUGGGUGUCGAUGCCAGCGAUAUUCCCGACUUCUCGGGGGAUUGGAACGAGUUCUUUGCCGAUGACGAGGAGGACGACGUCGACCCCGAUCAAGAUGAAAUUGAUGAGCUACUCGACUACAUGGGUAUUGUGUCCCAGGAGAGUCUUGUGCUCUCCAGAUUUGAAGUGGACGAUUCUCUAGAUACCGAAACCCAGUUGGUGCUAAAUGGCGCUAUUGCGCCAAACGGGGUGAGUCCCUAUGGCAUCAACUUCCAGCUUCCCAAGGAACUCCGCCACCUAUACCAGUGGAGAACUGCGAUUCCGACCAAGAACCUGGACGACAUCGAGCUUUGUGACGCCUUUUGUUGCAUUCCCCAAAGAAAUGAGACUUGUGAGGAUCCGCAGUGCCCCACAGGCUUUGAGCCGGUGCUGGACACUACAAGCACCGGAGCUGGCAAGUGCCCCACGUUCACCUGCCGACGACCAAGGAUCCCGGAUGACACCUGCGACAUCACGGGACGGAUUUUCCGCACCUUCGAUGGAACUGUUUACAAGUACGACAUCUGUAGCCACACCUUGGCCAGGGAUGCGCUGGGAGAUCACUGGAGCAUCAGCACGCAGCUUCAGUGUGCCGCCGAUCAGCCAAGUUGCGGCGCCAAGACGCUGAUCAUCAAUGACGAUGAGCGUGGAGUCUCCAUUACUAUCCUGCCGAAUCAGCGCGUCAUCUAUAACAACUUCGAGUUCAGUGUCCACGAUCUGGCGCUGGUCAGAGCCGUGCGGCGAUCCUUCGUGGUCAGUCAGAUCGGAGAGACCGUGGUGGUGGUGUGCCGCCAUCAUAAGUUUUGGGUGCAGUACGCCGCUAGCGGGAACAUUCGUAUAGGAGUCUCUCAGGCUCUUCUUGGGAAGGUGGAUGGACUGUGUGGCUUCUACAAUGGCCGGCAGGAUGACGAUAAGCGUACGCGAACCGGUCUGCAUGUGAUUGGAACCACGGACUUUGGCGACUCCUGGUACGACCGGAAGCUGCCGCUGGACAAGUGCCGGCCGCAGGUGUGUCCCCUAGAUCUCCAACAGAGGGCUCUCCAAAUGUGCCAGGCUGUUAGGCAUCCCUCGUUCGGAACUUGUGGUGUCUCCGUCAACAUCGAGGACUUUUUGGGCAAGUGUGUGGAGACGACUUGUGAGUGCCUGAAGGCCAAUGGCGGUGCUGAGGGCAGCUGUCGCUGUGAUCUCCUCCAGCAGUUUGUAGGCCAGUGCCUGGCCGUGGAUCGCAACGUCCUGCUAACCAGUUGGAGGAGCAUCCAUCGCUGUGAGCCGACGUGUCGUCCGCCGCUGGUGCAUCACGAUUGCUUCCGCCAGCGUUGUGAGCCGCAAUGCGCCCUGUCCAGCCAUUCGGCUGUCGUUUGUCCCACCAUUCCGAACACCUGCUUCUCCGGCUGCUACUGUCCCGAGGGAACGGUCCGACGGGGUGAUGAAUGCGUCCCACUGGACGAUUGCCAGGACUGCAAGUGCAGCCUAUUCGGUCUGAACAAGUUUGUCAGCUACGACGGCAGCAGUUUUAGCUUCAAGGGCAACUGCACUUACUUGGUGACCAGGGAUCUCCUCAUUCCCGGCAGCUACAACUUCCAGGUAUACGCGACCAUCCGGCCCUGUGGCCUGACCAAGGAGGAGAGCUGCGUUAGUGCAUUGCAUGUGACCGCCGGGGAGCAUACUCUGCACAUUGAACGUCACGAGAACGAGGUAAAGCUGCUGGCCGAUGGCUACCAGGUUUCUCCCUGGCCACAUCAGUCGUCCUGGCUGAGGGUCAAGAAGCUGCGCGAAGUGGAGCUCCUGGUGCAACUGCCUCUGGUUAAGCUGGAGUUGGUGGUGGAUCUGAACUCACUACAGUUCCAGCUUUCUGUGCCCUCGGUACGCUAUGGAAGCCGCAUGGAGGGAUUAUGCGGCAACUGUAAUGGCCUCAGCAUAGAUGACCUGCAAGUCAAUCCGGCCAAGCCCAAGCCCACGGAGCCGCGACCCUUCGAACUGAUCGACUUCGUGACCAGCUGGCAGGUGAACGAGCCGCGUCUGGGCAUCGACACGCGCACUUGUGGUGAUCAGCAGGUGUGCAAGCCUUUGCCCCGGGAGAGGAACGUCUGCUACCAGCUCAUCGUUCAAUCCGGCAUCUUCGGCCGCUGUCCGCUGUUGGUCGAUCCGCUGGCCUACAUUCUCGCCUGCCAGAAGGAUACGUGCACGGCCAGUGACGACAAGAAGGUGAUCUGUGACGCCCUUACCGCCUACGCUGCUGCCUGUAACCAGGUUGGAGUGUGCACCGACUGGCGACCAUUUACACAGUGUCCGGCGCAGUGUCUACCCGGAAUGACUUACAGGCCCUGCGAUUGUGACGUGACCUGCGAUACGGGCGUAGAUCGAGUGGACAGCAGCAACUUGGAGAUUAUCUAUAAGGGACGUUGCUUGCACACCGCCCGCCAUGAAGGCUGCUUUUGUCCACCGGACAGAGUGCUCCACCAUGGCAGGUGCGUCUCGCCCAACGAGUGUGUCACCUGCGGCGACGGACGACAUGUGGGCGAUGUGUGGCAACCGGACAAGUGCUCUCGUUGCGAAUGCUUGGCCACUGGCCAGGUAAGCUGCGAGAAGGAGCAGUGCGGUCGGGACACGGACCUCAUCUGCCAGCGGGGCUACAAACUAAUGGUCACACAUAGGGACUUCGAGUGCUGUCCUCAUCGGAUUUGUGUGCCGGACACUGAAGACCCUGGAAAAAUCUGUGAGCGACCCAAACUGCCCGACUGCGGACUCCAUCAGAACAGGUUCGCAGAUGUGGAUGUCAACAAGUGUCCCAUUUAUAGAUGUGAAUGCAAGCCCAAAGAUCAAUGCGAGCCCCCACCACCAAUUACUCUGAAGCCCGGCGAGAAAGUGGAGGAGAUAACGGAUGGCUGUUGCCCCAGCUACAAGGUCGUGUGCCACCAAGACACCUGUCCCAAGCCACCAGCCAUCUGUGAUGAGCCUCACUACGAACUAAUCUUGGAUAAGCAACCCGGCGCCUGUUGCUCCUUGUACAAAUGUGUGCCGCCCAAGGACAAGUGCCUCCAAAGACACGACAACCAAGUUCAGGUCCAUCGCAUUGGAGACAGAUGGCAACUGCCUGGGGAUCCGUGCGUGUCCUACGAGUGCCUGCUGACGGAUUCGGGUGUGGUAGCAACCGUGACCACCGUGCUCACCUGUGCGAAGAUGUGUCCGCUGGGCUAUAGCUACGAGCACACGGACAGUGCCAAGUGCUGCGGAACCUGUGUCCCGACGGGCUGCGUCCACGACGGCAAGAUCUACAAGCCAGACGAGUCUUGGUACAGCCAGGACAAGUGUAUUAGUUACGACUGUGUGCCGUUCAAGGGACAGCUGAGGAUACGCGAGCAGCACGAGACCUGUCCAGAUGUCAGCCGGUGUCCUGCGGAGCAUCUCCAGGACGAUGGUGGCUGCUGCAAGCGCUGCAAGAUCUCGCCACCGCCGGCAGACAAGACCGACUGCCAAGCUGUAACGGUGGCUCCAAGGCUCACGAGGAGUAUGAUCAUGUUCGAGGACAAGGACCACGGAGCCUGCCACAACGAGCAGCCGAUCGAGGGAUUGACCCAGUGCGAGGGCGCCUGUACCUCGGCCUUUAAGUACAAUCCGCUGCUUAACAAGUUCCAGGACAGCUGCACCUGCUGUGCUGCCACCGGAUUGAGGAAGGUUCUUGUAAAGAUUAUUUGUAGCGAUGGCAGUCUCCUGGAUCACGCGCUGGAAGUGCCCUCCGGAUGUAAGUGCGAGCCCUGCAACCGUCAUCAUUUGAACCAGACGAGCACGGCACAAGGAGGGGAUCAGUCUGAGACCAAAGACAAUCCUAAGAAUAACAAGGUGAUCGAAGAAGAAGAGGAUGAUGAUGAUGACUUUAAUCUUCAGGACUUGCUUGAUAAAAGUGGAGGCGUUAUCACGCGGUAGCUUAAAAAUUAUAAAAUUGGCAAUGCCACAGAAAUCGCUAUCAAAAAGGGCCAAAAAGUAAUAUUCAAAGAUUAAAUUAUCCAAGGAUAUUUAGAAUACAUUAUAAUUUGUCCACUCAUUUAUUUUUAUAAUCAAAUAUUUCAUUUAUAUUUAACUAAAUGUUUCACCGAAAAAGAAGCAAUCAAUUUCGACACGCAAAAUUCAAAUAUCAAAUAGUGAAUUUAUAUUUUACUAAAUAUUUCACAGAAGAAUAAGCAGUCAAGCCAAAUAAACAAAUAAACUUCUUUAAACAAUAAA